AAAAAUAGUAAUAAUGCAUAUGUAUAUAUUUUUUUCCUACAGGUUCCUGUUGCAUGUAAAUCAUGUCCCUGUGGUUACAUAUUUAUUAGCAGAAAACUUUUAAAUGCAAAGCAUCCAGAGAAAUCAUCACCUUCUACAGAAAACAAGCAUGAGGCCAAGAGGAGGCGCACAGAGAGAGUUAGGAGAGAGAAGAUAAAUUCUACAGUAAGUAAGGAUUUAGAGAACAGAAAGAGGUCUCGAAGUAACAGCCAUUCAGAUCAUAUCAGACGAGGACGAGGAAGACCUAAAAGCGCAUCUGCCAAAAAACAUGAGGAAGAAAGAGAGAAACAGGAAAAGGAAAUUGACAUCUAUGCUAACCUCUCUGAUGAAAAGGCUUUCGUGUUUUCAGUCGCCUUGGCAGAAAUAAAUAGAAAAAUUAUCAAUCAAAGACUUAUUCUCUGAUAUUUGUCUGCAGAAUGUGCUGAGACUUUCUUCAGGAUUACAGCAGCAAAUUCUCAGACAGCUAUGGACUCUCAGGAGCACUCCGCCUGCGUCACGGAGGGCCAGUGACUGUUUUUUCCUGUCGUUUAGCCUGUGCCACACUUUGAGAGCAAAGCCGUAGGCUUGGACUGUUCUGGGAUCUCCUUGUUAACCAAGGGGUAUUGUCAGUGUUUUGUGUUUGAGACAUAAGUAAGUGUAUUUCCGAAAAGCAAAAAGGAAGAAAAGCUGGAUGGCUGUUAAAGCGCCAAGGGGUAGGGAUGGGAAUGGAAGGGCGAACACUAGGGACAUAAAAAGUGGGUAAUUUUUCAGGUUUGCCACCAGAGAUGCAAUAUUUUAAAUACUUUGAGAAAGACUUUUAAAAAUAUAUAUUUCAGAUUUUCAGCACUAACGGAUUGCAUAUAUACAGUUCAUUUACUUUUAAUAAAUUGGCAAUUGAUAUUUUAUUGAACGGGGAAUUAAGAAUAUAAAUUGUAAAUUUUGUCUUAAAUUGAUUUUUUUCUUGGCCUUUAUUUUUAUGACUGAAGGUAUGAGUUAUAUUUUGGGAGAUACUUUCUAGACGGUUUGGAAGUUUGGGUGCUAUAUGAAGAAAAACAUUUAAGGAUAUAUGAUACUUCAGAUAUAAACACCUUGUUUUCUUGAAUGUAAUUUAUUUAUUGGUUAAAAAAAAAAAAAAAACACUUUCUGCUCUCAAGAUGGUGCCUGUAAACCUAAACAUAAAAUAUAUUUAUUACGUGCAAAAUAUUUCUUAGAUAGCCACUUUUAAGCAGUAAUGUUUUAUCUGAAUGGAUGUUCAUUUAUACAUCCUGAUAAUUAUUUAAAUUGUUACUUAACCUCACUCUGGAAAAAAAAUAAACCUUAAUAUUGAAACUAA